UCCACAUAAAGAACUUGGCCAGGCCUAGUUCUACACUGUAUGAAGACAACUCAGAUUGGUCUCUUUUGUGGGUAUAUAUAUACCAUGGAGGGUCCCAAGACCUCUACGACACAGGAAAGACCAGACAUAUCUGCACAGGCCUCCCUGCUCAGGACUCCUCCAGCAGCGGCAGCAGCAGCAAGAUGACGACGACUGGCCAAGAUGACAAGGAGGAGCCCCGGGUGGUGUUCUCAUGCGCCUCCUCGCCGCCCAUCUUCACCCCGAGCCACUCCACCCGGUGGCUGGGGCCCUACACGCGCAGGCUGUCCAGCUGGACCUCCUCUCCCCCGGCCCCGGCCUGCCAGGACCCCGCCUGCACCUGGAGCAGCCUGCUGUCUGGACUCCUGGCACUCAACAUCUUCCUGCUGGGCUGCGCCCUGGUCUGCGGCAGCGUCUUCAACAAGGUGAACAUCACCUCAGCCCACCUGCAGCUGUACCUAAUCACCCUGAUGCUGCUCAGCACCUGUUGGAUGCUGUAUUACACCGCCUACACCUCCCGCGAGGACCACGCCGUGCUCUACAAGGACGGACACGCAGGACCCAUAUGGCUCAGAGGGGGUCUUAUUCUCUUCGGGUUAUGCAGUAUGAUCAUGGAUAUUUUCAAACUUGCCUAUUUCGUGGGGUACAUGCACUGUGAUUCAGCUAUAAAGAUAGUCUUUCCCAUUGUUCAAGCUGUCUUCAUUUUGGUACAGACCUACUUCCUCUGGCUCCAUGCGAAAGACUGUGUUCAGCUGCAGAGAAACUUUACCAGAUGUGGCUUAAUGCUGACUCUAUCAACCAAUCUGAUGCUGUGGAUGACAGCUGUGACUGAGGAGUCGCUGCACCAGACAGUGAUCCCGUCAUCAAACAGCAGCAAGGCCGUCCGUGGAAUGGCAAUGAGAGUGGGCGCGAAUGAGAACUGUGUAUGCAGUCACUCCGCGUGCAGCAUCUUUGAGAUGGCCUCCAACUACCUGUACCCCUUCAACAUCGAGUACAGCCUCUUCGCCUCGGCCAUGACUUAUGUCAUGUGGAAGAACGUGGGUCGGCUCCUGGACGAGCACCACCACCCCCCACAUCAGAACUUCCACCCCAGAGACGUGCUGCUCGGCCCCGUCAACGGCUUCCUCGUCCUGCUAGCUGGACUCGUGACCUUCAUCAUGUACAAGGUCGAGGUGCAGGAACAGGAUGUCAAAAAGCGUGAGGCAGCAUUGCAGAUGCACUACAUCAUGGACCUGGUGACUUACAUUCUGAUGUCUGGCUACACACUGGCAGGCUGGGUGCUGUACGGACUGGACCAGCGCGAGCACGUCUCGGGCAAGAACCCGACGCGCAGCCUGGACGUGGGCCUGCUGCUGGGCGCCUCCAUGGGCCCGUUCUCCAUCUGCUACUUCACCAUGGUGGCGGUGGUGGCCACGGGCGCCCAGAGCCACCUGGACGGCCUGAACCUGUCCAACGCCCUGAUGGCCGUCGUCCAGCUGCUGCUGCAGAACGGCUUCAUCAUCGAGGGCCUGCACCGCCAGCCCUACUCCGCUCCCCAGAGCAACGUCUCCCUGCACAGCACGCAGGUGCUCACCAACAUGCACGCCAUGCGCUCGCACAGCGACAGCGAGCUGAUGGAGACCAUGACGGUGGUGACGCCCACGCCCAGUGCUAUUCACAGUACGCACCCACCACGCGCCCAGUACGCGCCGCCCACCUCGCCGAGUACUAUGUCUGCGCCGGUGCAGACGUACACAUCGGUACACCACCACCACCAUUCUGCCCAACCACUGAGCUGGAAGAGAAGGGCUCUGAAGGAGAUCUGCGCCUUCCUGAUCCUCUGCAACAUCACUCUGUGGAUCAAGCCAGCGUUUGGAGCCCGGCCUCAGUUUGAGAACCCACACGGCCACGAGUUCUACCAGGUGUACUUGUGGGUUGCCGUGGUGAACAUCGGCCUGCCCUUCAGCAUCUUCUACCGCAUGCACUCGGUGGCGGGCCUGUUUGAGCUCUACUUCAUCUCAUGACCUUCGUCUCCACACCCCCCAAGCAUCCCUUUGUUCUCCUCUCCACUGGGUACCCUGACACCCUGCUCUCCUUCGGGGUAACCAGGGUAACCGCCUCCAGCUGAUAUCCACAUCAGGACCAACAUGAGCAGUAUGGCCCUCUGUGGUACUGAGAAUUGGAGGAUGGGAAUGUCUUCUCUUCCAGAUUGAUUUUAAAAAGAAAAAGAAUGAUCUUAAAAAGAAUGAUUCCAGAGUGAUCGUGAAAAGAA